AUGACCGCAUCUUUGUUAGAUUCAACAGGUAACGGUGGUAUGAAUGAAGGGCAAAAGAUGUCGACAAUCGAGGAUCCCUUCGUUGCGAACCCCGAGGAGGGGGUUGUUUCUCGUGAUUCGCAUAGGUAUUCAUCCUUUGACACCCAGUUUUUUAGCCUAGAUGCGUCUUCUCCAGCCCAGGCAAAGCGGGCCCUUCAGGCCCAUCUGGCGGAGACUGAGCGCAGGCUCGAGGAGGCAUCUAAAUUAGGCACGGCGCUUAUUGAUCAGCAAAAGGAGCUUGAGGACAAGUUGAAAGAAGUUGAGCAACAGCAGGAGGAAGGCCAAAUCGGACCAGAUCUGCGUCGAAAGCUGGUGGACAUUGAGAGAGAAUACCAUGAGAUUGGUCGCGAAACUGCCCGAGCCUUUCUUGCUCCAAAGCGUCUUGCGGGUGACGAUGGUCACCUGGGAACGCCGUCCAUGGACCAGAAGUCGCCCCUCAGCCCUGCCCUGUUUGCUGGGCAAGCAACUAACUCGCCCAGUAAAGUGAGCGUACCGUCGCGUAAACAGCGGAAUCAACCAUCGAGUCGAGUUCAUGAUAUCGAAUUUGCUACGGAGAUCUCCACUUCCCUCCUGGCCCAGGUUCGUCAGCUGCAGGCCCUUCUAGCUGAGCGCGAGGAAGCGCUGAAGGGUGUGAAUUUGGAAAAGUCCAGACUAGAGCUUGAGGCCGAGGGAUAUGCGCAACGGAUCCGGGCACUGGAUGAGAGCGAAGAACGCUAUAAGGACGAGAAUUGGUCACUGGAGACUCGAACCCACGAGCUGAUGGCUACGAUAAAAGAAGCGUCUGAUCGCGAAAGUCGGCUCAACAGUAGCCUAGGUGCUAUUGCCUCGGAAAAGAACGCCGUGGAGCGAGAGCUCGAGGACUUGAAACAAGCCAACGCGAAGCUUAUUGAGGACCAAACAGCGGCCCAGAAAGCUAACGACGCUGAAAUUCACCUCUUGCGCAGAAACCUUAAUGCUGGCGAUUCUGAACGACUAGCGCUUCAGCAGAAGCUUGAGGAAUUAAACUCUCAAAAUGAAGAGCUGGCAAAAGCUGUGGGUAUGCGGCUUAGGCAGUACGAAGCGGAAGCCAGCCGUGAAAUCCCACAAGAUGACGAAUUUGAUGACCAAGGGCGAGCGACCCCGGAAAGUUCUCCCCCGCCAUCUCCGAAUAAGUUUACUCCUCGACAUAAUCAUCUUGAAACCGAGACUCUGCGAAGCUCGCUUGGUCAUGCCCACCGUAUGAUCCAGAACCUUAAGAGCACAAUUCACCGCGAGAAGACCGAAAAGAUUGAGCUGAAGCGAAUACUUCAAGAGGCCCGUGAUGAAGUCGAGCAACGCCGCCGUGAAGGUGCUGGUCCUGCAGGCCCAUCCAACAAACGCCAGAAAACGAAGGCCGAGCCCUCUAGAAAGCCGGCGCGACCAGAUUUACUUGGUGCCGGCAGGAGAGGCAGGACAGAAAUUGAGGUUCAUGACACUGACUGGGAAGACAACGCAGCCGACGCAAGCCCAUCGCAGAAGGCUGCCUUGAACUUUACUCGUGGCCGGGUAGCUGCACAGUCAUCCGAUGAGCCCAGUGACGUGUAUCACACAGCAACUGAAGCUGAUGAUACUUUCGAGACCGCUAACGAGCGGGAGACGGCAACUGAAAGUGAAGCUUUCCAAACCGGUAUUGAAAGCAUGGCUGAUGAUAGUGCUGAUUCCGAUGAUCUUACUGAAACUGAGGACCGCGUCCAAAGAACUCCCCGUGGGCGAGUGCCGUCUUUGGCGAUGUCAAAAGCUCGAGAUCGAACCUCGUACCAAAGCACUGCUUCCACCUCAGCCGAUGAGGAUGAGACUCAAGAUGGAGAGUUCCCCUCCCCUAGCCAAGUAUCGACUCCUCGUUACCGACUGCGGAAGAGACGAAGCGUGGUGCGGAAGAUUCGUCCUUCGGGAGAGGCUCCUAUGGCCUCUCGCAGCCGGCCUUCAAGUGCACGAGAGUCACCAGCGACCAGCUUUAGCCAUGACUCUGGAGCGCCAGAAGGACAGAGCUUAUUUGCAGAACUCGCAGAGUUAGAUGGUGAUGAAGCCGAAGGCGAAUUUGGUCCACCGAUGCCACGCGGCACAGCUUCUUCAGCUUCGACUCCUAGGAUGCUCCCUACACCUGUCUCGAGGCGACCGUCAGAAGCUAUCCUAGAUACUCCACCUAGGCUUGCCAUGGUUGACUGUGGAGUGAUGACCGAUCCCUGGGAGCCAGUUAUGCCGGUUGAUCCGUAUGAGACUGGCAUCUCCCGUGCACCGACAACGCCAAAGAAGGCAACGUCUGAUGCAGCCAUUGUCACAGAGACAAAAGAAGCCCCGCAGCUUGUUCAUUCUGCGACUCAGUGGACGCCACUGAAAGCAGCUUCAGAAUCGAUUAGCGAUCAAGUUUCGAGUGUGCCAACGCCCCCUAAGAUGGCGUGGGAUGACCAUUCGUCUCACACCCAGCAUGAUGGGACCGAGGAACCUGCUCCCCUGCAGCUGGAGACUUCCUCCAUUUCAAUCGAAGAAACAGCGCCAGCGGCGCCAAUAAGGCCUGACUUGAGCACGUCCUAUUUUGUGGGGGGUUGCACCGAGCCAGUUACAAUUCCUAUUGCGAAGUCCUUAGAAAUGGAAUUGUCGGUGAUGUCUUCGCAAUUCACAGAACCGGUAGUUGCUCAACUUCCAGAAUCUGAGCCGACAUACGUACCAGAUAUGGAUAUUUCUUCGGUUUUUGCAGAGCAUACGGAACCCACUGUGGCCAUGCUUCCCGAACCUGAGUCAACAUACGUACCAGAUGUGGAUGUUUCGUCAAUUUUUGCAGAGCAUACCAUACCUAUUGUGGCUACACUUCCCGAAACUGAACCGACAUACGUACCAGAUAUGGAUGUUUCUUCAAUUUUUGCAGAGCAUACCGUACCCAUUGUAGCUACGCUUCCGGAACCUGUACUCGAAUCCUCGGUCUCAGUCUCGGAGCAUGCAAGCUACACCGAUGUCCAACAGUUAGUGGUUUCAACAAUUGUUUCUGAGCAAACGGAACCUGUCUCUGCGACAUUGACAGAACCCAUAGAACCAGUGUCUACCGUGGGCGGUGGAGAGCGGACUGCUUCAUCUGAUCUUCCGAAUUUGACCAUCUCAAUUCUAAAUCCAGAAUUCACUGAACCGGUGCCACAAGUCCAGGAGCAACCUGCGCCUCCCGUGCAUGAGUUCGCACUAUCUACCAUCUGUGUAAUGGAAACGUCUCCUGCUGAGUCGAUACCAACUAUGGCCAUACCGACGGCUUCUACACCCGACGAUAACGCACCACCCAUGCAAGUUAGGGACGGAGUACCUGACAAACGUUUUCCAGAAAUUACGCCCCUAGUAGUUGCUGAAGAUCCUCCAAUCGAAAAUGCUAACGCAAGUGAGCGAAAGAGGGACAAGUUACCUCUGGGUCCUAUAUCUGGAAAUGCCGUCACAAAACGCCAGUCUUACAACCAAGCAGAUCAAGGCGCACAGACAAUCCUGUCCUCAAAGCAAAUCGACCAGCUUCUCCUGGAUCGUGUCACUUCUCGCCCAUUAUCUCCUCCAGACAGUGACAAGGCGAAGGAGCUAAAUAAUUCUCCUUUCGCGACACCGAAGGCGCGACCCCGUCCUACUCACCAAUCUUCCACAACAUCUCUCCAUCGCCGACCAGGAAGCGCUGCUAGCCUUGCAUCUAGUGUUCACAGUCCCCCCCCAUUACCAGCGGACCACAAGGAAGCUAUAAUGGCUGCCGAGAAAAAGUCGAUGGAGCAACGUCCGAUCUCUCCUGGCCUCAUGGGCCCUCCUCUUGCUCCCGCUUCAGCCUUUAAGACAAAUGCUACACAACGGCCGCGAACUCCGAAUGAUUCUAGCAUUCGUGUGGGCUCUGUGAAGACCACGUCCUCGCGCGUCAAAGGUGGACGUGAGAGUCAGGUAUCUCGAAGGUCUUCUAUGUCUUCUUUUGCUUCCGAGAUUGAAGAAAGAUUUAAUAUGCAUCCCAAUGCAGCAGGAUUCCCUUACGGUUAUCCCGCGGGCACAGAUGCGCGAAUGAUCCAGGCAAUCACUCAAACAAUGAUUGGUGAAUUCCUUUGGAAAUAUACACGGAAGGCUGUGUCAGGGGAGAUAUCGACUACCCGGCACCGCCGGUAUUUCUGGGUCCACCCAUACACGCGCACGUUGUACUGGAGUGAACAUGAUCCUCAGACUGCUGGCAAGAAUGAGACUAGGACCAAGAGUGUUCCGAUUGAAGCUGUCAGGGUUGUUGCGGACGAUAAUCCUUAUCCCCCGGGGCUCCAUUGCCGAAGCUUGGAGGUUGUCAGCCCGGGUCGCCGGAUCCGGUUCACUGCCACUACCAGUCAGAGACACGAGACUUGGUUUAAUGCCCUAUCGUACCUUCUACUACGGAACCCAGGAGAGGCUGGUGAAGAGGAAGGUGGUGUUACCUUGGAGGAUAUCGAUGAGUUUAACCCAGGAUUUCGCUCACGCUCGCGUCAAACAGCACGCAUGUCAAUUUCGUCAUCACAGAGCCGUAACCUUCGAAAUCCACCGAAGCAACGUGCAGCCUCGGCCAUGUCUGCACGCAACACCCUAACUCCUGGCCGUGUUUCUCCAGCACUCAGCACACCUUCGCAGUACUCGGAUCAAGUUAGGAAUAGUUCCACAUCUCGCCUGAGUACGAUAUUCAAUGCUACAAUCAAAGGAUCGAUUGGUCGAAGGGGGCCUGGAUAUGCUACCUCCAGUGUUCACGAUGGUAGUAUUCACGGUCAUGAGAGUGAGGAGGAUUUGCGACAUAUGAUGGAGAGACAAGAGCAGACUGAUCGACUGGAAAAUGUGCGCGCUUGUUGCGAUGGCAAGCAUGAUGUCAGCUCGCUCUCAAGAAUGAGCCGCUAUAGCCCUCGUGUCAAUCGUAUCCACUCUCAUCAUUAG